GCGCCUGCGCGACCGUGAUUCCCUGCCGGCGUCUCCCCACCCUAAGGCCCUGUUGGAGUGCCCCGAGCUGCUAAAGGGCGGGAAAGGCAGUUGAAGAGAGGCGCGAGCGGCUACUCACUCCAUGGCUGUGGAAAGGAGAGGCGGCGGCUGCCUCGAUUGAAGAAAGACGGUGGAAGCGGAGAGCGUUGGCGCGGAUCCUCCCUGACCUGGAUGACCUCCCCUCCCUACCCAGCUCCUGGCUGGCCCUGACAACCCUGAUUCUUUCAACACUCCCUGGAACCCAGGCCAGGGUUGCAGACGCUGUUGGAUUUGCUUGGAAGCUGGAGUAGCUGCUGCCACCAGAGUCUGGAGUCAUGAGCGGGUUUAAUUUUGGAGGCACUGGGGCUCCUACAGGCGGGUUCACAUUUGGCACUACAAAGACAGUAACUACCACCCCUGCAACGGGGUUUUCUUUCUCUGCUUCGGGCACUGGAGGGUUUAACUUUGGGACUUCCUCACAGCCAACUACAACCACCCCUUCAACUGGUCUGUUCUCACUCACUACCCAAGCUCCAGCAACACAGUCCUCAGGGUUCACAUUUGGAACAACUCCUGCCUCUGGAGGAACUGGCUUUUCCUUAGGAAUCAAUGCUCCAAAGCUAAAUUUGAGCAAUACAACUACCAGCCCAGCCACAGGGAACCCCAGUGGCUUUUGGCUUGGCAGCAGCACCCUUACCAAUGCCAUUUCAAGCACUGUUACCUCCAGCCAAGGGGCAGCACCCACUGGUUUUGUGUUUGGCUCCUCUACCACCUCUGCAGCCCCAUCUACCACAUCUGGAGGGUUCUCCUUCACUGGUGGAAGCACGUCCCAGACUGGAACCUCUGGUUUCAACAUUGGCUCCGUUGGCAGUUCUGCCCAGCCCACCGCACUGUCUGGAUUACCCUUCACUCCAGCAGCACCAGCAACCACUGGAGCGGGGACCACACAGCCAGCCGCUCCCACACCCACUGCUGCCACCACCAGUGCAGGGCCUACUCUCUUUGCCUCAAUAGCAACUGUUCCCACUUCAUCCAGCACCACAGGGCUCUCCCUCUGUGCCCCAGCAACCACUGCCGGAGCUCCUGGAGCUGGUACACUGGGGUUUAGCUUAAAGGCUCCUGGAGCAGCUUCUGGUGCCUCCACAGCAACAUCCUCUUCCAGUACCACCACCACCACCACCACCACUUCUACUGGCUUUGCCUUGAGUUUAAAACCACUGGUGCCAAGUGGGAUCCCCAGCAAUGUACCAGCUGCUGUGACAGCUCCACCUGGCACCAGUACAGCUGCUGGAGCAGCCACCUGUCCUGUGAUGACCUAUGCGCAGCUGGAGAGCUUGAUCAACAAGUGGAGCCUGGAACUGGAGGAUCAGGAACGGCACUUCCUUCAGCAGGCCACCCAGGUCAAUGCCUGGGACCGCACCCUGAUUGAAAAUGGGGAGAAGAUCACCAGCCUGCACCGGGAAGUAGAGAAGGUGAAGCUGGAUCAGAAGCGGCUGGACCAAGAGCUUGACUUCAUCCUAUCGCAACAGAAGGAGCUGGAAGACCUGCUGAGCCCACUGGAGGAGUCAGUCAAGGAACAGAGCGGGACCAUCUACCUGCAGCAUGCUGACGAGGAGCGUGAGAAGACCUACAAGUUGGCUGAGAACAUUGAUGCACAGCUGAAACGUAUGGCCCAGGACCUCAAGGAUAUCAUCGAGCACCUGAACACAUCUGGAGGCCCUGCCGACACCAGUGACCCUCUACAGCAGAUCUGCAAGAUCCUCAAUGCACACAUGGACUCUCUGCAGUGGAUUGACCAGAAUUCAGCCCUGCUGCAGAGAAAGGUGGAAGAAGUGACCAAAGUGUGCGAAGGGCGUCGCAAGGAGCAGGAGCGCAGCUUCCGAAUCACCUUUGACUGAAUGCAGGUCUUUUCAGGGCCAUGGAUUUGGGGCAGCAGGGUGGGGGUCAUGUUGGGUUUCAGUGAAAUAACUUUCUUUCAAAUUACUGUGCUGUUGAGAGAAUGGUUCUGUGGUUGGACUUUUCCCAUUAGCAAAUAGGAAAUAUUCUGAGUCCUCUGGUCCAGGCAGCAACAUAAUGGGUGGUUUUUGUGUUAUAUGUGUAUCUUUGGCCCCUCUCACCUACUACAACCACCCACCUCUUCCUUCUUGUUCCAGCCAAGUGAUGGAGAAAUGCUCAUUCACUGAAGAACAAUCUAUUCCCUAUCCAGGGUUUGUGUUUGGCAGCCACUCUGUCCAACUCAGUCUUGGGUAUGCUGAAAAAAGACUAAGGUUACUCCCUGUCAUUUGAGGAGAUGGCAGCCUAGUCUUGGAGUGCAAGACGUAUGCUCAUGAAAAUUAACCACCAAGACAAAAAAAUGGAACUGACAAUGGGAUAGAGAGUUUCAGAGGAAGAGAUGGUCCCUCAGGGUCCACAAGGGAUGACAAAAGGUCAGAAUUCACACCCAGAGGCCUCCCUUUGCCUGGUUAAUAUACAUGUUCAUCCUCCAGGACUUGCCUUAGGCUUGCUACCUCCUGGAAACCUCUUGAUUGUGCAAAGCUGGGUUAGGUAACCAUCCUGGGGUCCCCUUAGGACACUGGAGCUAGCACUUCACACUGUAUUGUGUUGACUGUGUGCUUCUCUAUCUCACCAUUAGAUUGUGAGCUCCUGUGGGCAGAGACUGACUGUCAUUCCCCUUUGUGUCCCCAUCACAGUCCUGUCACAUGUUCAAUAAACAAUGAAGAUAAAACUCAGCAUGUUACUCUACAAAAGUACCUGUUAAAGUGUAAUAUGGCCUGAGUUGCCAGAGGCAGCCACAGACUUGGUUCUGCUCUCUUCCCAUUGCCAAAGUUAACUUAGUCAUGGUAAGAUCCAGUGUCUUGAAGGCCAAAGCCAGUUAGUUGGUUGUAUUCCAGUUGUCUUUCAUAUCUUGUCUUUGUACUUUGCUGCAUUCUUUGAAAUACCUGUGAUGGUAUGUUGCUUUCCUAAAUAAAGUGUAUUGUGAAAUAAAA